UGAGCUAUUAAACUGUGUUAUAGAAAAGAAUGCCAACAAAACCUGGUGUUUGCAAAUAAAACUGUAAACACAAAAGAGUGAACCUAAAGCACUCGGCGAACUACGUACCCAAGAAGCAAGAUAGCUGAUCUAAAAUAAUCAACUAUGAACAUGCUUUCGAUCAUCAUUUCCUACCCAUCUUUGGGCUUCUUCAUCGUUUCUACCUUGGUCUACAUAGUCUGCCGGAGACAUUACUAUUUUAUCUAUGAUCAUCGUCUCCUCUUUGUUGUUGGUUUGAUGUUUAGUCGUUCCUUAACAUACUAUGCGAUUGUCGAAAUGCUUAUGUGGUAUUUAACGGACCACGAAGUUUCUUUUGUGAGGUCUACUGUUUUAUCAAACAUUCAAGAAUCGUUAUCAUCACUUUUCGUGAUAUUCAUGGCUCAUUCGGCGGAUUCAUUUGUGGGACGAUUCCGAACACUUCUGUUUUCAACCACUGCAUUUAUCAGUGGCGUGAUGUUAUUGUUGAUCUUCAAUCCGUAUGACGUGACAUGGCUUAUUGUGAUCCUGGUAGUUCUCUUAGCUCUUGGAAAAUCAGGUGAUAGACUUUUAGAAAACAUACUUACCGAUUUGGUUAAUGAAGUCGACAAAUCAGAAGGUCGAAACAAAAAACGAUCUCAUGCACGAGCAACAAUCUGGAGACGUGUAGCACAUGUCUCUGGUGCCAUAUCUGCAACAAUGUGGGUUGCCCCAUAUUCUCUUGGGAGCACUCAUACAAGUUGGAAUUUUGCAUUUUUGGUUUGCUUGAUCUCAUUGACAGUCACUUUGAUGAUCUUUUGUAAAGGACAUAGUGUGUAUCAUCAAGGUGAAUUAAUUCACAGACCCAUUCAGAUCUUCUUCAGAGUAGUUCGUGCUCGUUUACAAAAGCUACUUAGAUCCAAGUCACGAUGUUCAACACAAGAAAGAUCUCUAGAAAGAAAACCGGGAAAUGAAGGAUCACAACAAGAACACGGAGAUAAUUGUUAUAAAGAAGAUGUGAAGGUAAUUCGAAGCCUUCUAAGAAUAUUUCCCAUGUGGGGAACUUUUUUUGUGGUGUCACUAAUAUCAGCGGUCGGGAACACUUUCUACUACGAACAAUUUGACAAUCUUGAAUUUUCAUACAAGAUACCGGUCCAGAUGUACUUUGUGAUUCUAGAAUUUACAUAUUUUACUAUUCCAUUUCUAUAUCAGUGGACUCGCUUCCGACGUAACCAAAAGCUCCAAAUUGGUGUUGGAGUCCUUUGUUCUUUCCUAUCAUGUGUUUUCGCUUGGCAACUAGAGGUUAACAGGGUGAAAGAACUUCGAAAUUUGGGCAGUGGGGUUAAUGAAUAUAUCGAAACAUCCAUAAGUUUUCUUUGGUUAGUACCUCAGUUCUUCAUGCUUGGAUGUAUGGAAGGCCUUACAGAGAAGGGGAUGUUAAAGUUUUACGUGUCACAGGUUGACAAACAAGUACAAAAUUAUGGUGAGGAAUAUAUGGAAAUUGUAUGGUGUCUUGGACAGUUAGUAAACACUAGUCUCAUGUUAACACUCAGAAGACAACUGGGAUGGUUUAAUGAAGGAACAAAUGAUGAAACUCGUCUAGAUAUGUACUAUCUAGUUUUGGUAUGUGUUUGCUCAGUAAACUUGAUAAUUUACACUUGUGUUGCGAUAUGGUUCUACAAGGACAAGAAACAAGACCACAACUCGUCUCACGAUUUGCAUCAACAUGAUUAGGUUCGUUUUGAUUAGAACUAAAGAUUUGUACAUUUUAAUCCGAAUUAUUUGUUUACAAAGUAAAUGUAUUUAUUUAAUGGCAUAAAAUAUAUUUAGUGAUUUU